CAAAGGCGCAAGACACUAACGAUUCAAAGGCCCAACCUCUUUGGUCUCGCCUGGCUUUGACCAGCCUGCGGUGUCGCAUUGAACCUCACUUCCUUUUUCAUCGAGCGAAGCGAGCUCGAACUCAUUUCCAUCUGAUGCGGUGACGUCUGAAUGACCGCAGUGCAACAAUGUCGCCCUACCCGUACAAUCCAGCCUGCUACCUCCCUCAAUCAUGGUCAUCCCAUCUCCCCACCGCGCUCGCAUGCCCUCCGCCGCCGUCCUUUUUCACAAACGUCUACAACUACGCAACGUCCCCGUUCUCCGCGACCUACACCACUCUACGCACCAUGAUCGACGCACUCCUCGGCCUGCCGAUGCUGAGCUUCCUCCUCAUCCCGACAUUCUCUUCGUACUCGACCUCGCUGAACCUCUUGUUCUUCUAUCUGACAUGGUCGACGCUCGUCCUGUCGCACCCGCCUCUGCGCGUCGAGCUUGUCGCGACCCUGGCCGUCAAGACGCUCUUCUACAUCCUCCCGUCGGCCUUCUUCGUACUCUUUGACGCCUUGCUCCCUUCGGCCGCCGAGAACUUCAAGGCCCUGGGCGAUACGGCCCUCCCGUUCAAGAACGCGAGCCGUCAAGGCACUAUUCGAACGCUGCGCGCGUUGGGGUGGUCGCUUCUGAACACGCUCCUCGGCGUCAGCAUCCAGGCUCUCGUCGAGCUCCUCUUCACGCGCGUCCUGCUGAUCCGCUCGGCCUUGCGCGUGACGACGACGCUGCCUCUGCCCUUUGGCAUUUUGAAAGAUUUGGCCAAGGGCUACCUCCUGCGCGAGGUCUUCACGUACGUCCUGCACCGGUACGUGCUGCACGAGUCGAAGAACAGUCUCUCGCGGGCACACAAUGAAUGGUAUCAUUCGAUCUCCACCCCAUUUCCCUUGUCGGGGAGCUACGACCACCCACUCGCCUACCUGGUGCGGUCCUUCUUGCCGACGUACCUCCCCGCGCUGCUGUUCCGCUUCCACCUGAUCACGUACGUCAUCUACGUGUCGAUGGUGUCUCUUGAGGAGACCUUUGCGUACAGUGGGUACAGCACCGUGCCGACCAACUUCAUCCUCGGCGGCAUGGCGAGGCGCACCGACACGCACCUGAUGUGCGACGGCGAAGGCAACUACGGCCCGUGGGGUCUGGUCGAUUGGUUCAUGGGCACGGCCGUAGGGCAGGACAUGCUUGACGACGUCGCCAUGGAGGCCGAGAAGCAUGACGUGCCGGCCCGGGUGGAGGGCGCGAAGAGAAAGGCCAGCAGAAAGGUCAGCGGGAAGAUCGAGGAGGCCAAGAGUCUGGGGCCGCGGAGGAGGACCAGGAAACGGAGUAACAGUUGAGUGUCGCAUGGAAGGAGGCCACAACGACUUGAACGAAAUAUGGAGGAGAAAGAUGUUGAUAUAUAGGAUCUGAUAGUUAUCACGAUGGAUUGGCAACGCGAGUCGUGGCCGAUUUCUUUUAAGAAUGAUCACGUAUAGCGAGCACGUUUGAAUGAUGAUACCCUCGUUGGUUUUCCU